AUGGACCAGUCGCGGCCGCUGUGGGAGGUCCACGUGCUGGACUUCCCGACCUCCGAGGCGGCGUGCGCCGUGGCGCUCCGCAUCCACCACGCGCUCGGCGACGGCACGUCGCUGGUGUCGCUCCUCCUGGCGUGCACGCGGAGCGCUGCCGACCCCAGGGCCCUGCCGGCCAUGCCAUCCGCGCAGCCGCCGCCUCCUCCCAGUGCGCGGCGCAAGCAGGGCCGGCGCGUCUACGGCGCCCUGCCGAGGCCCGCGUGGUCGGCGGGCGCCCUGGCGCUCGCCGCGUGGGUCCUGGCGUGCGCCGUGCUCGCGUGGAACACCGUGGUGGACGUGGCGCGCUUCGUCGCCAUGGCGCUGCAGCUGGUGCGCGACCCGCCCACCGUGUUCGCGGGCGUCGAGUUCAGGCGCAAGCGGUUCGUCAUGCGCACCCUCAGCCUCGACGACGUCAAGCUUGUCAAGCAGGCUCUCGGCUGUGUGAGUAGUCGUCGUAACACACCAUGCAUGCGCAUUUUUAUUCUUCUACCGUUCUACGUACUGCUAGCUGUAUAG